UGUUCGGAAUUUCGGAGUGGAAUGAAACUAUCCGAGAUUUCUCUCGGAGGAUCAUAAACUUAAAAUUUAAAAUAAAAGCCGGCGGUGUAAGUCACAGCAUAGUGCUAUCUUCAGAGCAAAGUCCACGGAUUGUUAUCUCGCUCCAAAGGUAAUACACAUAUAAAUCAAGCAAAUAAUCUUUGCAAAUCUUAAGAUGUCAGUGAAGUCUGUCCCUCUCGCAUUGAUUUUUCGCUGAAACCCGAGUCGGAGCUAUCAGCAACAAUGGCAAGUGGUUCCUGGGAAGAGUUCUUCGCUAUCCAUCUGCCUCCAACCGACUUCGAGGACAACCGCUCCCUCCUCAAGGAGUUCUGUGAGCGACACGACCAAUAUGGGAACAAGAUUGUUCUCGUCACGUCUGGGGGCACCACGGUCCCCCUGGAACACAACACGGUGCGCUUCGUGGACAACUUCAGCGCCGGCACCCGGGGCUCCGCCUCCGCCGAGUACUUCCUCGAGCAGGGAUACGCAGUCAUCUUCAUGCACCGCCAGAAGUCUCUGGAGCCAUUCACGAGACACUUCAGCGGACAGAAGCUGAUGGAUAUGCUGGAUAUACAGGAGAGGGGGCCGAAUACUACCAUCACAGUAAAACCUGACAGCGUAGACGUGCUCGCGCCCAUCCUGCUGCGGUACAAGGCUGCGCACGCGGCGGGCGCGAUCCUGUACGUGGCGUUCACCACGGUGUCCGAUUACCUGUGGCUGCUGAGGGCCGCCUGCGAGUGCCUGGCGCAUUGUGGCUCCAGGGCAAUGCUGUACCUGGCCGCCGCUGUGUCAGACUUCUACAUACCUAAGGACAAAGUGCCCACGCACAAGAUGCAAUCUGACAGCGGAGCCCCAGUGAUCCAACUCCACUUGGUGCCAAAGAUGUUGGCUCCUCUGGUGAACCUGUGGGUACCUGCCGCCUACGUCAUCUCCUUCAAGCUAGAGACUGAUGAGAACCUCCUCAUACCGAAGGCGAGGGCGGCACUCGAGAAGUAUAAGCAUAAGAUGGUGGUAGCGAAUAUGCUGCAAAGCCGCCACCACCGGGUCAUCCUGGUCACUCCCGAGGCCAGUCACGAGAUUCUGCUGACGAGGGAGGAAGUUCACGCUGGCGUGGACAUAGAAUCGGCGAUAGUGUGCGAGAUCGGCCGCCUGCACGCGGAGCACAUGUCGCAGGCGGGCGAGCCGGUGUGGGCGCCGCGCUCGCCGCGCUGAUCCUCGCGCGUGCGCCGCCGCCUCUACCUCACGCCGGAGUAGGCGGCACGGCCGUUCUCAUUUCAAAUUUGAACUGAAAAACUGGACAGUGUAAUUUAAAUUUGAAAAGUGGAGUGUUUUUUUUUCGAAUUUGGUACUGGCUAUCAACAGUGUGUGUUUUAAAAGUGAAGCUGGAAGCGAUGUAUUUUAAAUUUGGAAGUGGACGUGAAUUGUUCUCUUGUUUGUUUCUUUUUGUGAAUGCAAUGCUGGCAACAAGGUAAUAGUGCGUUUUUGAAAAAGGAAGCUGGGCACAUGUAACUGUAAAACUUCAAUUUGGAAAUGGAAUUGGUUGGACGUGGUAUUUUUAUCAUGUGUUACUCGUUAUAAGUGGCAAUCAAUAGUGAACUAAAUUUGAAAAUUAACUGUACCAUUUUACGUAUUUUUGUGAGGAAAUUUAGAUGUGAAUUUUAAAAUACGACUUUAUUUAUUAUUUAUGCUUACUUUUGUUGUUUGUAGUGAAAAACGUGAAUUUUCGUAUGACUACCUACCUCACCGCAAAAGAUCUUACAAUGAAGAAUAAAUUGAAUAUUAAAAAAAAUAAACUUCUAAGGGAUAUCCUUAUAAAUUUGAGAUUCUCCUUUUGCAAACUAUCACUAUCACUAGCGAUGGGCUAGCAAACUAUCACUAUUUGAAUCUGACUUCCAUCUUUAUUCCGACAGCUGAACAUGGCCUUUCAGUCUUUUUGGGACUGCUGGCUCUGUCUAUCCGUCAGGGAUAAAGACGUGAUUAUAUAUAUGUAAAUCUUCCCCUGAAGCGUCGAUCAUGGCGGACAUGGCUCUGGUUCAUAUUUUGACUUAGUUGCAUUAUAUUUAUGUGCGCAGGCGCCUUAGCCAAACGUAGAGAACCGCCGAGCGUUUAAACGCAGCAGUCCAACCGCUUGUCUACAACGCAAUUAACAAGCGGGGUAUUAUGAGGCACAAAAUAGUUAUCUAAUUUAGUGAAUGUCUCAAAUCGGCGAUAUGAAGUGGGUGAUGAUAAGUCUAGCUGGUUUUGAGUAAAAUUCUAAAUGCAAAAAUUACCGCGCCCCAAUUUCUGAAGGAAUGAAGUAAAUUUUACGGUUACCGCCGUAAUUAAAUAUACCUAUAUUGUGUAUAUAAAAGUGUAAUAUUAUAAAUUUGGAUAUAAUUAUAUCACUAUACGCUGAUAGAGUUUACGAAUUGAAUUAUAUUAGUAAUUUUUUUUAAGAAUGGAGAAUAUUAUUAGCAUGGAUUAAUAAAAAAAACAUAAUAGAUUAAAAAAAUAAAACAACUCACGGCAGUCACUAGCGACAGCAAGAAAAACUUUUGGUAAUAGUAACCGUAUUUUCAUUUAAAAUUUCAUCUUCUUUUUUACAUAUCAGAUAAAAAUCUAAAUAAAUUAUAUAUAGGGACAUGUAACUAGGUGACUGUAUGUUAAAAUGUAUAUUAAACUAAUAUUCGCUACAACCAAAUUACCUGAAAUUUAUAACCAUAUGUGUUUCGAAACUAUAUAUAUAUUAUUAGGUGUAUGUGUAUGUGGGAUUGGUGAAAGUAAAACAGUUCGGAAUUAUAUCGUAAAUCUUCUUAUUUUAAAUAGUCUUCUUCAAAACACAUAUUUUAACGUUACUUACAUCGUACCACAGACUCCCUAUUCUAUAUCGUAAUGUUGCAAGUAUAAAAAAUAUGUAAGAGGAAAGCUAAAUAAAAGCAAGACACAAAACUUCUACCACAUAUACCUACAUAUAUGGAACCAUUUUGUCUUAACAUAAUAUGUGGUCGUCCAAAUCAAAAGGGACCUUAUAGCGGAAAUGAGUUAUGUACAGAACUGAAAACUACAUAAACGUACCGAGCUAUAGACCCAAGAACCAACCUUCUAACCACUACCGUUAUUUUUUUACGAAUUUUUGAAGUUCACUGAUCGAAAUUAUAAGUUUUGAGAAAAUCGCAAUUUAAGUAUGCCGUACAAAAAAGUUAUGUUUUAGUGUGAAGUUAUGUAACUGAUGGUAUACUUUGAUUGACUAUGAUUAUAACUAAUGGAUUUUUUUACAAUCCUUGCAUAAACUUGUCUGUUGUGGGAACUAGACCUGCCAACAUAAUGCAUUAUCAAUGAGAUGCAAAGUAUCAAUAAUAGUAUUAAAAAUAAGUAAACCGCCUGUUUGUCACUAAACUUUUAUCGUUUUUAUAAUGCUACUAAUUACAUAGAUUUGCGAAAGGCCUUAGAUGUAAAUAAAAACAACACAUAAUUUAAAAAAAAGUAGUUUUUAUUUACUAGCAAAAAUUCUUAUUCUUUAUAAACUUUGAAAUCUGACAGUAACAAAAUCAACGCUUAAUUACUAAAUAGGUUAUACAUAAUUGGUUAAGAUGCUAAUAAAGCUAAGAGAUCAAUGAUAACUGUUAGUUAUGAUCUUUUAAAGUUACGUAGAGAACUGAACAAUUUCUUCAAACAAAUUUAAAAAGGGCCCUUAUGGUAGGCACUAAACAUUUUUUUUAAUUUUUAGCAUGCAAAAUCAACAUUUUAGUGCAACAUUCAAGAUAACUUAAAUUUUCUUUUUUUAUUAUCACAACAAGGUAUGAAAAUGUUACUUAGUUAACAAAUUUAGAUAUAAAUUUUCGUAACAAGUAUAAUACGUAAAAAAGGACCCUUACGGCGGUCCGUUGCAGUCUGCUGACACUUAUCUCUUAGUAUAGUUAAUUAGUUUAAGUAUUUAAAUAAUGGUAAACAAUCUUGAUACGUUUUUGUCGAAAAAUACAUUUAUAAAAUAAUUUAUAGCCAUUACAAGAUGAAACAAAAUGAAAUAACAGAUGUUCUAAUGAAUUACUUUUGCUAUUAACCUUAGCCUAUUUUAAAAAUAUUUUUUAUGAUAAAAAACAUAACAAGAUUGUUUACCUCUAAAGUACCAAAACAAAAUAUGGACUACAAUAGUGGGACCUUAGACCUAAGACCUUAAGGCGGUAAAUUACCGUACAUCUUUUUUAAGUUUUUAAGGACUCUUUGCUUUAAAUUCUUUUUAUUUUGUGUUUCACUCAAAUCACCAUGCUUAUUAACGUUAUCACUAGUAAUGGGAUGCAAAUCCUCAGCUGCCAUUUCAGUUUUUAACGAUUGAAUUGUGUUAAAUAUUGUUGAAUAAGCUAUAGUUCGCAUGUUUUCAGGCAAGCGUUCUAAUUCAAACGCCACAAUUCUUGCAAAAUCUUCAUUGCGAGGAUCAUUUAUAGUUCGGUUAUGGAAAUUAAUUUCUGGUAAAUUUCGAGUAGUAUAAAAUAUCUCUUGUGUACUAUUACCUUCAUCGUUCCUUAAUGUAAAUGUAAUUCCAGCUUCACGAGUUUGAGUUUCUUUGUGUUCUGUAAAAAGAAAGACCAGGUAUUGUAAUUAGGUACUACGUCAUAGUAGGAAAAUUUUCCCUAAUCAGAUUUUUGUUCAUCCAGUUUCCUUUUCUUACAAAAGUAGAUACCACUGCGUAUCUGGUUUCUAUGGCCAGACUCUCCACAAUAACUGCAAGUGGGUGAUUUGCGUUUGAGAGUUACAGAAAGUGUGUUGGUUUGUAUUUUACUAACACCUGGUUCAACAUGUUCUUGUGUGUAUUGGGAUUGUUCAGAAUUAGUAAGUGCUAAGGGAUCGCUUGCAAUAGCUAAUUUAGGUUGUGGGCAAAGUAUAUCUUGUGAAUGUGCAAGUACGAAAGGUCUUAUUUUUUCAAAUAAAUAUUUCUGCCUCUCAGAAGAAAGGCCUUGAGGUUCGAUUUCUGUAGGCAUACUAUCCCCAAAUUUAUUUUCUGUGAACACGACAUGCGUACUGUGACCUUCCCCGGAGCAAUUUUUUGUGCAUUGCAAUAGCCCUAUCGAUGUAGACUCAGUUUUGAAAUGAGAAAAGGAUUUUAAUUUUUGCAACUUAACACCUUUUGCGUCCGUGAAGUAUUUAACCCAGUUAUAUGUCUUUACAUUAACAGCGUCACCCGAUUCAUUUCCUACCAAAACAGUCAUUAUAGAAUUUGAUCGCUUACAUGCCGUAACCGCUAUCUCGCAAACGUCUUUGACGGUAUUUACAACAGAUCUUCGAAAUUUUUUUUUAAAUAAGCCAAAAUAUUGGUCUGGCGCAAACUUUGUGUGGCCUACAGGCAAAAAUGACAGCUGAAAGCUCUUGUGUCUAGCAGUCAUGACACGCCAAACAGCGUAUUGCAAAACAUAGUUAUUUUUGUUUUGACCACAGCAAUUAUCUGCGUGGCAGAUUACGUUGGUUUCUCCUAAAGACAAAGUUUCAAAAAAAUUGUGGAUCAAUGAUAUCACAACGUUAGCCCCCUUUCCAAUAACGCAAGCUUCAGGAAUUACAUACAAUAUAAAUUUGCCUAAAGGUUCUACAGCGAUACCAAAAAGGGCUACCUUGUACCCUGUUAGAAAAUAUAAUGGGCCAACCUGUUGCGAGUCAUGAGGAAGAUGAAUUUGCUGCGCAAAAUCGAAGGAAAUAUGAAGAACGCCUUCAAAAGAGCACGGAGGGUGCGGGCCGAGAACACAAUUUGAAACUUGCGAAGCUGAUUCUGCAAUUACAUCUUUAUAAUAUUGUCUCUCUGUUUGAGCUUUUUGUAAAUGUUCUACGGAUUCCAUAUAUAGUUUUGUUUUCACUUCUUCGUCCAUAUUUCUUGAUUUGGAAAUGCUCAUUACAUUUUGUUGGCAAACAUGACAAAGAUCUGUACGAGGCUUUUGAAUCACAAUAUGAGGACAAAAAUCAUCCCAUAUUUUGUACCACGAAGAACGACCUACAUACGUUUUUUCUGAUUUUGUACAUGCCUCAACGUACUUCUCGUAUAUAUAUUGUUUUGUCAUGCUACUUGGCAAAAUGUUAAGAUCUGGGUUACUGUAAUAAGGUAAACGCCCCGGGAGCACAAGAGAAUUUUGUUCUGAAAAUGAUUUAAUAAAAGUGACAGCUGUGACACGUUGUUCUAAUGUAAACGAAUGAUGAAUGUUUUUGCUCAAUUUAUGCUCUUUUAAUUCUACUCCAUGCUCAUUAACAUGUUUUACAAUGUUUUUAAACUUUUUCGGACCUACUCCAUGGACAAAAACAAAGAAGCUUUUGCAGACAAUUUUGCCCCUAAACAUAUACUUAACCGCGGCACGCUCCCUGUUUUUUAUUUUGUGCUUUGAUUCUUUUGACGUGUCUGGAUUAUUAUCAACCAAGCAGUUUAAAGCACCCGUUAACAAAAUGUCUUGAUGAUUUGAGUGAAAAUCACAGUUACUAUUUAAACUUAUACAAUCAAAUCGAGAUUUUAAAAUUUCCUCCUUUGCAAAUAACUUGAAACACUGCUUUUGACAGCACCCGUUUUCAAAAAAUAUAUUUUCUUCAAUCGAUACAAGGUCAGUAGUUUCGCCUUCUACGAAAUCUACUGUCAAUAUAUCUCGUGUUAUUAUACCCGUUUCAAAAUCUUCAUCUUCACCAUCAGCUUGUUGAUGUGGUAAUUUAACAUUACUGACAUACAUCGAAUAUUCAUCUUGGAAGGUUCUUAAUUCUGACUCCCAGGUUUUAUGUGAUUGAAUUCCUACAACAAUUUGAGCAAAGAUUUUGUCAAUACCUAAAUGAAAUUCAGUGUAUAUUUAACACAAAAUUCACAUCACAAUUUUUCUUACAAUUUAUUAUGAUAAUUAGAAUAGGCUGGUACAUACGAUUUGAGCGCCAUCUUGAGUCAAGUUAUUCCGCGCGGACAGUAACAAUAAUCUACCUAUACUACUACUAACAAACAAAAAACAAAACAAAUAAAUGAGAUAGACAUAACCUACGCAAGAUUACUGUUAAAAUCAAUGUAAAAAUAUUGUUUACCUUUUAUAGUUAUUUGACAGUUGCACUGGGAUGUACAUGCGUGAUCCGAUGAGAAGUUCUCAAGUUCUUUAUGGUCACCUAAAACAAUAAGAACAAAAUUAAAAACUUUGAAGUACCUAACUUGCGCAAAAAUAAUACAUACCUACUUAUCUAUUUAUUGAUUUGAGACUAUAGGUUUUGUACUUACGUGCCAGUUCUUGAGACUUUGAAAUAAUUGUUGGUUGGCUAUCUGUAGUAUCGAUAUAAGUAUUCACUUCUGUUUCCUCUUCCAUCGCGAUGGUAUAGGUGUUAGUUGAUUUCAAAUCUAUAAAACAAAAAAUUUAAUAAAUAACAGGAGUGAGUACGCAAUAGAAAUACUAAUUCGAUUAUAUCUUCAUGAUACAAACUUACCUCAAGCAUGGACAUAGCCUCAAGUGUAAACGAUAAACGAAUUUCCUUCCGGAGAGCACCACGCGCGAACGGUCGUUCAGUUGGAUCACAAAAUCUUGACUGACUGAAAGUGGGUGCGAGCGACGCGUGCGACCGGCAACCGCGACGCGACGACGACUGUGCGUGAGCGAGACAUAACUAUCUAGCCUUGCUUCUUGUCAAAGGAUACCGCCGCAUAUACAAAGAAUGCCGCAUGCAGCGCGGCGUGCGACACUAAAAUGGCGGGUAUACGAUGAAUAGUUUAGUUUAUACCUACUUUGCAAUAUUCAAAUGUCGAUAAAUAUGGUUUAAAUUACAAGAAAAACUAUUUGUUAGGUCUUGCCGCGAUAAGGUUCCUUUUUUACUAAACUUUAGAUGGAUACAAAACUUUUUUAAAUUGACGUUUCGAAAAGUUGAACACAUCUACAUGUAGUAAAUACAAUCAUCUUUUUAAAAAUACAAUUAAUAAAAAAACGAUUUUUUUUGAGGUAUUUUACAAAUUUAUUAAUAUCUCGGAAACUAGCUACCGCCAUAAGGUCCCUUUUGAUUUGGACGACCACAUAUAUCUUAACUAUAGGUGUUUUAUGUAUGACUUAUAUGUGUAAUAAAUAAAGUAUACUAAUUACAUAAUCUCCAUACGCCCCCAUUGAUGUAAUUCCAUGUAAUUUCUAUAUUUAUUGUAAUGUAAUUUGUUGGAUAUACAUAUAAGGUUUUGUUAUUUAUAUAUAGUUGAUAAGUUGUCCUUUGAUGUUUAUCAACUGCCGAUUUAUUGAUAGAUAUUUAAUGAGACAGGCUUAUAAACUUGGGAUUCUUCUUUUAGAAGAUGGGCUAGCAACCUGUCACUAUUCGAAUCUCAAUUCUAUCAUUAAGCCAAGCAGCUGAACGUGGCCUAUCAGUCUUUUCGAGACUGUUGGCUCCCCGCAAGGGAUAUAGACGUGACGUAUGUAUGUAUGUAUUUAAUGAGAUAUUGAUGUAUUAUGCCAAGAAAGAGUGUUUCACACGGAAGUUCUAAGCAGGUAAACCUCACUCGAAUUGGAUCGGUCAUAAUCACACAUCCAGUUUCCUGAAUGUGCAUGUUUCCUCACGAUGUUUUCCCUCACCGUAAGAGCAUCGGUUAGUAUUCAAACUAAUGUAAAAACCUUUGAAAAUAGAUAUUGGUACAUGGCCGAUUCGACUACCGACACUUAAGCCUAAGAUUUUAAUUAUAUCAUCAUUUAAACUGAAUACACUAUAAUAAUUUUACGUGAUACAUGUACUUAUUAUUAUUAUAAUAUGCUUCCAGACUUGCUUAUUUUUUCUUUUAUAUAAACUCAAAAGUGCUUCAAUUGUCAAAUACUCUUUCUAUACAUGAUUAUACUAAGGUCAUCAUAAAAUGAACCACUAAAAUGUUCAAAAUGUUUUAUUAAUAUAAUACUUCCAGUGAUUAUGAUGUUAGUUAUAUAAUAUAUGAUAUUAUGUGUGAUAAAUAUAUUCAUAUGUUAUUAAUAAAUACAGUCGGUGGCAAUAUUCUAUAAUUGGUAGUGAUAUCAUACAUUGUCUAUAAAAGUUUUAUAUACAAGAAAUAAAUAUAAAACUUUUAUCGAUAAAAUAAUAUAUAACUAAUAAAUAACUAAUAUAUAUAUAUAUAACUAAUCACUAUAAAUUUAUAAUACGGGUAGUAUGGAUAGGAUAGUAUUAUAUUUUCAGUCAUACUUAAAAAAAUUAAGUAUGACUGAAAAUAUAAUACUGGCCAUGAAGUAGUUUUAUUUUUUACUGAGGUGUUCAAACAGAGACAAUACAGUUUUAUUCAAAUUUCGUCUUAUUUUUAUCAUAUUAUUUUAUUAAAAAGUGUGUAAUGAAUCUACCCACAAAAUGUGAAGUGAAUUAAAUUCGACCUUAUAAUUUUAUGUCGCCGACUGUACCUAUGCAGGUAUUCUUAGUAAUGAAUGUGUUGUGUGCUAGUAUAUACCUAUGUGUGUCUUACUCUCGAAUUUUAUAAUUAGGACCAUGGUUAGUUCUACUCUUUUGGCAUUUCGGUGAGAUUAUCAAAUUAGUUUUAUUUUAUUGAACUUAUAUUGGCGAAUAACUUUAAUUUAAAUUCAAUUUUAUUAAAUUUUAAUUUAUACAAGCUAAAUUAUUUUAUUUAUUCAUGGGUUGGGUUUUUAUAUUACUACUACUGUAAAAUUUUAAUAUUAAAGACGCAAAAUGUCGAAUAUUUCAGGGAAAAAGACAGAUUCUUUUUUUUAAAUGAUUAUUUUUAUUUUGAAUAAAUAUAUUUCACAUAGAUUUACAUAUCAUGGGUAUAUUAUUACCCUCAAAUUAUUGUUAUUUUUAAAUAUUUAACGCGUUCAUUUUAUACAAAUUAUCGAUAAAUGUUACAAUUUUCGUCGACUGCAAAACGACUGAACAAAUCUUAGCCAAAAUAGAAAUUUUUGGUAAUUUAUUAUAUUUAAUAUAACCUUCGGUCAGGCUGCAGCGCAUAUUAACUUGGGAAUUCUCAUAAGUUGUGUCGAAGGACCAAAAAUCCUGCUCGAAGGACCAAAAACUAAUGGCGAACCGUUAAUAUUCGUUGAAUAUGGUAGAAAGACAUGACAUAUUUAGAAUUGACAAGUUAACUUUCGCUGAUAAUUAUCAAAAGUCACCACAGAUUAAGCACAAAUAUGUACGAGUAAUUAAUAAAAAUAAAAACAAGGGUAAAAAUAAUGAUCAACUUUUUUCUGGUGAUUUUGAUGGUGAAAAGGGACCGAAAGUAGGUUGAUGAGAAUUUUGAAAGUUUUUCAUUUAGAAAAUUUACUGAUAUUACUUAUCCAAAGAAAAGUUAAUUAAAAGAUAUUUUGUAUGUAUAAAUUAUACAACAAAGGUUUUGUUUGUUCAAAUCUAACCUAUAAUUAGAUACAUAAUUGUGCUUAAUUUCUGCGGCCUUCAAGUAUUGUAUUUUAAACUUGUUGAUUUUUUGUAUAUUUUAUAUAUAUUUAUUGUUGUGGUGACGUGUUAAAUGUAGUUUUACUAUUAUAUUGGAUGGAUAUAAUCUUAUAUAGAGAGCGGUACUUGUAAAGGUGGUGUAACUACUUAAGGUAUUAUUUAUGGGUUUCACUAAAAAGAACAGUGGGCUCAAAGUGUACACAAUGGGAUAUCAAACGCAGUGUACCUUUUUUUAGUCUAUAUUUAAAUUUAGGUCUUAUAAGAAUUUACAUGUAACCAUAAAAUCGUGUCUAGAUUCUUUUACUCAUUUGUUGACAUCUUUAAUUUAAUAAUUACGAAUUAGAAAUUGUAUAUUUCAUGACUAUUACAUAAAUCUCUCUUGACGUGUAUAGUCAUCUGCAAAAAUCAUAAUUAUAUACUUCCUCAUAGCUGGUCAUAGUCUUUUAGAUGGACUUUUUCAGGUGACCGUACAGUCGAUAUCAAAAGUAUAAGUGAUUAAUUCUAUCGUUAAGCCUAACAGCUGAACGAGGCCUAUCAGUCUUUCAAGACUGCUGGCUCUGUUUACCCCGCAACGGAUAUAGUGGACGUGAUUAUAUGAAUGAAAUAAUAUUUGUUAUAUCAAAAAACUGUAAUGUCUUUUUUUAUAUCACCUUUUGACUGUGUUCGCGUUAAAAUACUUAGAACAUAUCUCCAUAGUCCAUAAUAUUUAUACGUAUAACAGUUUUUCUUAUUACUUUUACAAAAACACAAUGUAUAAUUUAUUAUGUACCAAAUAAAAAAUAAAAAAUUGUAUUGAUUCAGUGAUACUACGCCUCGAUACCAUAAUUGAAUUCGUAAAACACAGCCCUAUUAUUAUUCUAUUCUUUUUUCAAUUUAUGAAAUCAACUGUUUUAUACCUUUCAAAAUCUUAUCAUUGACACACAAAGGUCUGUUUAAACUGGUCAAAAAUCUCGACCGCUUUAAACACGUUUACCCAUGUCAAGAAUUAAAAAACUAACCCAUUAUUAAGGACUUCGUGUUUUAUGUCUCCAAGUUUUACGUCAUAAAGAUUAUAAAAUUUCGAAAAAAGAAUACCUUAGCUACACCUACAUACUAUGUUCUCUUAUAGAAAGAUGCGUUCGAUGUUUAAAAGGCGAAUCUACAUAGAGUGAGCAACCUCGCGAGACAACUUUAUUUGGGUCGAUGGGAAACAAAAGGGCAUGUUUCGAACGAAAUCAAAAAAAUUAUCAUUACAUAACACUAUCAAUGAAUAACACUCGUGCGUGUCCUAGCCGGCAUCGGAGCUUGAGUUUUUAAUACUGAUAGACCUUUAGUAUCGACCGUACAAGCUAGAAACGGUGAUUUCAACUAACCCAAAUGCAUCAUUUAUUUGCCCUAAAGCAUGGAAGAGCAAUGGCACAUACGAGGCUGCUCAUUCUAUAUAUACCCGAGUCAUAUCAGGUCCCAACAACUUUCACGGCAUAAUUUGAAGACUUCUUAAAUCCAUCAUUAAGCCAUCAGCUGAACGUGGCCUUCGAAAAUUUUCAAGGCGCUUUGUCUACCCCGUAAGGGCGUAAUACACGUUUACGUUUUUAAAAUGAAAAGUUAUACCUUUGAACGUUGAAUACUGCAAAAAAAGGUGACACUUUCAAAUUAUUCCAUGAAAAUAUUUGGGACUCAAUGUGGACCCGCCUUAAGUGACGUAGAGGCAGCAUACGACUGUGUCAUUGCAACAAAUAUGGGUAACCAUCGUUGUGAUAUUUGUAAACCUAUUACUGUAGCCUAGGCUAGAGAUCUUUCUAGACGUCAAUAAAUAGUUUGUCAUAUUUUCAUGUA